UGCCCCGCCUCAUUUUCCGGAAGACUCGUUCGACCAUCAUGGCGCUAGUAAAGAGUGUCUACAAUCUGCUUUUCAGAAGAACAUCAACUUUCGCCAUAACUAUCAUGGUGGGAGCUGUUGUUUUUGAGAGGGCGUUUGACCAGGGUGGAGACGCAAUAUUUGACAACAUAAAUCGGGGGAAACUCUGGAAACACAUCAAACACAACUAUGAGCAGAAGAGUGAGGAAUAAGUCUUGGAUUUGAUGCAGCUUCCGAAAUGUUCAUUCUACCAUCAUCCCAUUUCCUGAUGUGACCCAUCUGGAUCAGCCUCUGGUUUAGCUGUGUCUUACAGCGGAUGUGUGAUAUCUCUUCCAGCUGGAAUGGUCUGGGCACAUGUACAGAGACUGACUAGUAUUCCCAAAUCCUGAUAACAUGUCACGUGACCACCGUUAUUGUGUGAAAUGUCACCUUUGUAAUUUAUGCGUUGAUAACUUGAUUUUCUGUGAAUAAACCCAACAACCCACAGUUAUUUAAAA